AUGAAACGAGACUAUCACUACUCGAAUCGAGAGAUUUUCUCCAGCUCAGGGAGCUCAGGGUCGUCCUCCGGCAAGGGAAAGAUGUGGCCGGACGAUGGCGGCGGCGUCGACGAGCACUUCGCCGCCCUCGGAUACAGUAUGAGGUCCUCCGACAUGGCCGAGGUCGCGCAGAAGAUCGAGCAGCUGGAGGCCAUGGGGACGGCCCACCAAGGCGGCCUAGGCUCCGGCACCACCGUCCACUACAACCCGUCGGACAUCUCCUCCUGGCUCGAGUCCAUGCUCUCCGGCUUCAACCCCGACCCCGCCCUCGACUCCUCCUCUCCGGAUCCCUUCCUCGAUUCAUCCACCAUCACCGCCGCCGCCGUCGACAACGGCGCCAGCGUCAGCAGCCGACCGGUUGACCUUGAUGAUUUCGGAUCGGAUCUCAUCGCCAUACCCGGGAAGGCUGUCUUCCAGCCGCCUCUCCCUCCCCCGCCGCAGGCGAAGAAGCUCAGAACGUCGUCGUCGUUCCCGGAAACUCCGGUCAGGGCUCUGCAGGUGGAUCCGGUUUUUUCGGAUCCGGCUCGGCCUGUCGUCCUGGUCGACUCGCAGGAAAACGGCGUCAGGCUCGUCCACACCCUUAUGGCCUGCGCCGAGGCUGUACAGCAGGAGAACUUCAAACUCGCCGAGGUCUUGGUAAAGAGCAUCGGAUCCCUCGCCGUCUCUCAAGCCGGGGCCAUGAGAAAAGUAGCUACAUACUUCGCCGAGGCCCUGGCGAGGAGGAUUUACAGGCUGUGCCCCGCAAAUCCACAGGACUCGGCCUUCACCGAUGCCCUGCAGAUGCAUUUCUACGAGACAGGCCCUUACCUGAAAUUCGCCCAUUUCACGGCGAAUCAGGCGAUCCUCGAGGCCUUCGCCGGCAAAGAUAGGGUCCACGUCAUCGAUUUCAGCAUGAAGCAAGGGAUGCAGUGGCCCGCCCUCCUUCAGGCUCUGGCCUUGAGGCCCGGCGGCCCGCCUAGCUUCCGGCUCACCGGAAUCGGGCCGCCGCCGCCCGACGACACCGACCACCUGCAGGAGGUGGGCUGGAGGCUGGCUCAACUAGCGGAGACGAUAAACGUGGAGUUCGAGUACAGGGGCUUCGUGGCAAACUCGCUCGCGGAUCUCAACGCCUCCAUGUUCGAGGUGCGGGAAGGGGAGACGGUGGCCGUGAAUUCUAUUUUCGAGCUGCACCCGCUGCUGGCCCGGCCCGGCGCCAUCAACAAGGUCCUGCAGGUGGUGCGCGAUUUGAAGCCCGAAAUCGUGACCGUGGUGGAGCAGGAGGCGAACCACAACGGGGACGUUUUCCUGGACCGGUUCAACGAGUGCCUGCACUACUACUCAACCCUCUUCGACUCGCUGGAGAGCGAAGCCGGCGCCGGCGGCGAGGAGGCGGUGAGCGUUGAGGAUAAGGUGAUGAGCGAGGUCUACUUGGGGAGUCAGAUUUGCAAUGUGGUGGCCUGCGAGGGGGCGGACCGGGUGGAGAGGCACGAGACCCUGGACCGGUGGAGGGAACGGCUCAGGUCGGCCGGGUUCGAGCCGGUCCACCUGGGAUCGAACGCUUACAAGCAGGCGAGUAUGUUGUUGGCGUUGUUUGCCGGUGGGGAUGGUUAUAUGGUUGAGGAGAACAGUGGGUGUUUGAUGUUGGGGUGGCACACCAGGCCGUUGAUUGCCACCUCGGCAUGGAAACUCAGUUGA